AUGUGUAUUUGUUUUCCAUUUCUAAUAAUAUUCCUUGGAUAUAAUGUUCAAUGUGAACUUAUUCGUCAAUGUACAUGUAAUGAAAUACAGAAAUGUCGUGAACGAAUGUUAAAUCUUGUAAAACCAUGUGCUGAUCGAUGCCAGCGAUAUGCAUAUAAGGUAAAAGCAGACUAUGAAACGCUCAAAAAUUGUGUUUUACAAAAUGAAGAGAAAAUUUCACGAACAAUCAAUUGUACACAAAAUGUUUUCUAUAAUGCAUGUGCAGCACAAUCAGGAAAUUAUGUUCAAAAAACAUAUUUUGAAUCAUUGGAAAUUGCUGGACUUACUGAAAUCAACCGAAUGCUUGGAAAUUUCGCGCGACCAUUGCAACCAUUAAUAUCAGUUGGACGACGUUUUUUGCGAUGUGCAAGAGAAUGCAUAGAUCGAUCAAGCAAAUAUUGCUAUGAUAAACUUGAAUGUGGUCUUAAUUUACCAGCUAAUUUGGAAAUAAUACAAAAAGCUAAACAAUGUGCUAUAACAAGUGGCUUUGAUAAUGUUGCUGUACAACAGAUGUGCUCAUGUGCAGCAUCUGCUGGUAUUAGAGAUUUACAAAAUGUUUGUCCACGUUUACAAAUUUCAUAA